CAUCCACCUCUUUCUCCAUUUUCUCCUUCUACCUGUUUCUCUGCCACCGCUCUAACAACUUUCUUUUUUCUCUGAACUCUUCACAUUUGGAAGCCAAUCUUAUCAAUCUCAGUCUAUUUGGGCAUUGGUUCUUGAGGGCCUAACAUCUGUAUGAAACUCUAAGCAGUUCUGGGUAUUAAGAAGAAGAAACCAGAAUGCGGUGGUUUGGUCUUUCUGUUGAUGUGUUUCGCAAAGUUGUAUGCCUGAACUUGUAUUGUAAAGUUAUUCUGUAGAUCAUCAUUCCCUUAAGUUCUCCAUAUUGUUACUUUUGUUGCAUUAUAGUUAGUUGCACCCAUGGAAGUCAACCAUUGUUUGAUAAUUUCUUCAGAUAAGUAUAGAAUCAGCUGAAAUCUCAGUAGUGAAGUGCAAGCCUGGUAUUUUUUUUGCAGUAGUGUUGUUCUUGUCUCCAAUAGUUCUCUAGUUCUAGCUGAUUUUUACUUUGUAGUUAGUUUAGUGUCUUCAUUGCCAUACUCUAUUGUGGCAUAUUUUUUGGGGUGCAUUAGGAUCAGGUUGAUUGAGUAGCGUGGUAAGGAUUAAAAGUAGUUAUGGUGUGCCAAGCGGCAAGCCAAACAAGAUUUCGGGCAUUAAAACAUGAGAAUGGAAUUGAAGGCGAAUCGACAAUUGUUGUUAGAGUGAUAGCAUGCUUUCAACCCUUGCACGAUUGUCAGGCUGAGUACUUUCGUCAUUUGCUUAAGCCCGUCACGUAGAUAGAUCAACUUUUUUUCUCAUUUAGCUGAAGCCUGAAGUUUGUAGUUUUCUUUUUUUAUUUGUCCACAAGAGAAAUCAAGCUAUUGAAGCUUCCAUAUCAAAGCACCAUAGCAUCUACUGGUUAUUUUUUUCGUUGGAUGGUUAAGGAUCAUAUGCCUUGGCCUUGCUCACAGCAUAUGGCUGGGUCAUCACCUUGCUUGAAUUGCUCCGGCACAUUGCCAGGGCCAAACUUGUAUGGUUCUUCAGCAUAUCUGAAUCCUAGUACAUUCAUCUUGCCUGCUGUGAGUGUAUUUCCUGGAUUUGCAGCUCCUGCUGCCCCAUAUCUGAAGGCUGAGCCCACCAAUGAAGUAGUGCAGGGGUUCCAUCAGUAUCUUCAGUCAUUGCCAACUUUGAAAGAAAUGCAUACUGAAGAGGCUAUGCAACUGCAAAAUGCAAAUUCUGUAUCUUUGCAGAAGAAGUUACUUAUUUUCGACCAAUCUGGUAAUAAGACAAGGUUGUUUUAUGGUUCUGUCUUGCCUCUUGUCCAGAGUCCAGUUGUUAAUGCUACACAAUAUGUAUACAAGGACGAAAAGGCAGCUAAUUUGGGUCAAAAGCAUCUACCGAACAGUUCAACAGAAGAAUCUGAUAAUGAUCAUAUAGUUAAUGAAGAAAGUGAAAUGCAUGAAGACACAGAAGAAAUCAAUGCCUUGCUUUAUUCUGAUGAUUCUGAUUUCAGUGGUGAUGAUGAUGAUGAGGUAACAAGUACAGGCCACUCUCCAUUGGUUACUAAAAUGACUUAUGUGAUGCAAGAGCAGUAUGAGGAUUCAAAGGAGGAGGUUGCAAGCUCUGGUUUGCCAAACAAAAGGCGGAAGUCAAUUAAUGGCGAGUACUAUAGAUCACCGAUGCCUGCAGGUACUGCAGGUUUAGCAAGACUAAAUGAUACUUAUGAGUAUGCCAGCGACGCUGAAUCAAAAUAUUCCAGUGGCCGUGUGUAUUCUGGAGGUGCUGAGCAAACUAAAGACAAUAGUUCAAUGGUGGAUGAUAUUCAAUUGAAAAGGGAUAAAAUCCGGGAAUCAUUGAGAGUACUUGAGAACUUAGUUCCUGGUGCAAAGGGAAAGAAUCCACUGUUAGUCAUUGAUGAAACAAUUGAGUACUUGAAUUCUUUGAUGACUGGUACUUCUGGAGAAGAUAAUAUCACCAAAGGCUCAUCGCCGCCAUAGCAUACUUUGAUAUAAGGACACAUCAAUAGCAAAAAAGGUCAUAGUCGACGAAUUCUUAGCUCUGUUUCAUGAGAAGUUUGAACUUAGCAAUUAGCAUGCUUGGUUCUUUUCUUACUUUCUUCCAUUCUGCUUUCUCAAGGUUUAUAUUUAGUUGUGUGCAAUAAGGGAGUAAAAGCAGCAAUUGGAGGGGGAAAAAAUGGGGCUUGGGAUAUCAAUUUGUUGACCAGAAUUUGUAUCUUUUGGCUUUCUUGGAGUGUAGAUGGUAGUGGAGGAUGACUGUGCUGCAAAAGUGGAUAUUUAUUUUCCACCCUCAAAAUGUUGAAGUCUGUAGGUGAAUGGUGAUUGAAUGCAUGCGCGUUAGGUAACUUGGGUCCCACUCUGCACCUUCCUCUUGAUUCCUGGUUUGAUGCUUUUGGCCUCUCUUUCAAACUUGUACGCAUAUCAUAUCACAUUGGCAUGGGACUCUCUAAAAAAGUGUCAAGAAAAGUUUAAGUUUUGGAUGUUGGGUUAUGCUUCAAAUUGAAUGAGGAGAGUGGUUGUUACAUCAUGAGUUGCUUGCUGGGACCCUUUUUGUUGGAUGUGUCAUUUGUGGUAAAGGUUACUUUGUUUUACAUCCUAGAGGGUGGAAUCAACAUCAAAGACAUUUUGUUUUCUUUCUUUUUUCUAUUUUCUACGUUGUAAUUGAGAGGUUAGUUGAGCAUUCGAGGUUUCCUUUUCAUGAUGCUACUAGCCUACUACUAUUUAUGUGUCGGUUGAGUGAUUGUGUUAAUAAUUUGUUUGGGGGGGUGAAUCUAUCAUCUAUAUAUUCUGGUUUUUGUA